CCGGUCGCGGCGUGCCGAACGGCUGAAGAGCUCGUGGAGUCCGGGUCGCUUCCUCCGGUUUUGAACAGAUUUGAAGAGGUUUCGAGGAGGGGAGUAUGCCCGUAAUAACAUAAAGCGGUGGUUGAUCUUUUGGGUGGCAGGGUGGGACUUGAGCCUUUGUUCCUUUUCCAUUUUAGCUCAAGUCCCAUUGCUGAGCACCCGUCCCCCAAAGUUAGAUGCGAAAUGGACGGUUUGUUGCCUGAUCGUGCAACACUUGACGCGUGGACGAGCGUCUGCGAUGCGGCGCAAUGGGGAGGCAUGGACAUUGGGUUGAUCCGUUGUGUCACACGAAGGUUAGGAGACCAAGACCUGCAGUGGUUACACAUAUUGGCAGUGAUCCCUGUCAGUGUUUGAAAGGGCACUCCAAGAUGCCACCAGGGGUGCGAGAAAGUUGAACAAGGCUGAAAAGGCUCAGUAGAAUUCAGUAGAUAUUGUCGGUCAGUGCCGUCCGGUGCAGCUGAUACAACAGCGAGGGCUCCAACUUCAGUGGUCGAUCCGAAUCUUGGGAGCAGUGUCAAGUUGAAGCUCAAGAUGAACCAAAUCAUGGAUCAGGACUGCGACUUUGAAGUAGAGAUGCCCAGGCAGUGUUCUCCAGAGGAUGCGUGCAAAGUUUGUCAUGGUGGAAGGGGGCAAGUGUUUGUUCCAUAUUCCCAUAUACUGUAUGUUCUUUGGGUUUUCCAUGGCUUUCCACCUUCCUGACAGAUGUUGAAACGCUCCAUGUGCAUGCAUUGUGCCAUAGUGUGCCUCAAGGCUCAAGCGAUGCAGAGCAGGUGCAGCAAACACGUAGAUGGCUUAUGGAACAGUUGUCGCAUUUGUUGAGGACUUUUGUUCAGUAGAGGCAACCAGCGCUGAGCAACAUUGUAUAUAGCUCGGAUGUUAAGAGAAGCGGUACAUUCAAACGUACGGUCGUAGAUUUUGUCAAAUCUGCGGCACUGAAGCCUUUUUGGCGACACAGGUGAGAUGGUGCAAAUCUUGAAGCCUGAAGAGGCUUUGUUUGAUCUUGGAGAUGGAAGUCUCGCGUUCGCCAAGCGAGCUGCAGAUUCUGCAGACGACUGGGCGGCUGCUUACAGGCUCCAGAGGCGCUUCUAGAUCUGGAGAAGAGGCUCUCCACCGGACCUUGUCCAUGCCAACAUUUCCUAGCAGCGGUCGUCGUCAUGACUUUGCAUUGCGGGAACGACUAGAUGAUCUCGAGGUUUCCUCCGUUCCGAAGGACAUGCUUUUGGAGACAGAAUUUGAAGAUCGGCUGCGAUGCUUGGAGUCACUGUUCAAGAAGGGCACGGCUCCGUUCCUGUACACCUCUCCACCAAGCACUGGUGGGCGUGCCACUGGCCGGCUGAGCACAUCGCAAGGCUCUCUAGCUUCGCGCUGCUCCACAGGCCGGACGCUGAAAACACCUUCAGCCAUGGCCUUCUGAGCACCAAAGCCCAUGGCCCAAAGUGGAAUGGCGGAAGAUGUUUUAGCUAGGGGGAAAUAACU